GGUCCCAUUCGAAGCUCGGAGCGGGAGGAAGUAGCUGCUGUUGUUUGUGGACGAAGGGAAACCGCCACAGGAUGGAUAUGACCACGUGUUUGAAGGCUCUGUUGCUGGCUGUGCAGCAGUACAGGGACGGGAGGACAGCGCAGCACGUAGCGCAGCUCCAGAGACAAGUGGAGGAGGUUUCAGGUCUGAAAUGUGACCAGCUGUUGUCCUCGGGCCAGAUUCUGCCCAGUGAGUGUGUGAGUGGGCUGGUGGAGCUGGCUGGAAACCCAAACACUAACCCAACCCUGACGAGCUCCAUCAUCUCCCUGCUGGCACAGCUAGCCUGCGACGAUAACAGUCGAGAGAUUCUUCACGGCAGCUUCAAUGUGACCAGCACCCUGGCCUCCAUCAUCCACUGUCACAACGCCACACCAGGUGAACCCCUGGUGCUGCAGUGUUUGCAGGUGCUACAGAAACUGACUUACAACACUCGCGUCUUCCAGUCUACAAACUACAUCCAUGAGCUCAUCACUUUUCUGGUAACCAACAUCCAGUCUCACAAUGACGACAUCAUCAUGCCAUGCCUCGGUCUCAUGGCCAAUCUGUGUCGUGACAACCACUCGGUGCAGAGCCACAUCAAGUCUCUGGACAACGUGAAGCCGUUCUACCGCACUCUGAUCAACUUCCUGGCUCACAACAGUCUGACCGUGGUGGUCUUCACGUUGUCCAUACUGGCCAGCCUCACUCUGAAUGAGAAGGUCGGAGAGAAGCUCUUUGAUGCAAAGAACAUCCACCAGACCUUCCAGCUUGUGUUCAACAUCAUCGUGAACGGUGAUGGUACUCUGACUAGAAAAUACUCCGUUGACCUUUUGGUUGACCUGUUGAAGAACCCCAAGAUAGCAGUUUAUCUUACUAGGUAUGAACACUUCUCAGCGUGUGUGUCUCAAGUUUUAGGACUGCUGCACUCAAAAGAUCCAGACUCUGCAGCAAAGGUGCUGGAGCUUCUCCUGGCCAUGUGCAGUGUCUCAGGUCUGCGUUCGCUGCUGUGCGAGGUGGUUUUCAGACCAGCGGGACCCAAACUCAGAGCUGCAGGCCGCAGGCAGGGUGCUGGACCGGACGGUGGGCGCAAAGCUGAGUGUGGGCUCGCCCUGGUACAGUGGCUGAGCCUGCCUGUGGAGGGAGCUGAGUCCUGCUCGCUCCAGGCCCUGCAGCUGCUGAAUGAGCUGCUGGAGGAAGCGCUGGGAGCAGAGAGUGUGUCUGACUGUGUGCUGAGCUUCAUCGAAAUGCUGCUUCCAGUCCUGUUGGGGCUGCUGAGGGGCCUCGAUCCUGCACAGGGAGACUCUCACCUGAGGAAACACUGCCACCGCAUCACACACGUCACCAGUCUGCUGCUCAUCCUGUGUGCUGAGGACGCCACCAGAUCUUUAGUGUCCCGCCAGGUGAGCGCCCAGCUCUGCCUCUCGCAGGUUGAAUCCCUCCUCUCCUGUUGUCAUAGCAACAGCCCCCUCACCUGCCUCCCUCCCGGCUCCGACAACGAUCUCGGUCAGCUGUAUGCAGAAGCUCUGCUGAGGACUCUGGAGUUAAUGAGCAAACUGAGGCAACAGGUGAAAGACAUGGAGACCAGCUUCUACAGGAUGUUGCAGGACCAGAGGAUCGUGACUCCCCUCUCUCUGGCCCUGACCUCCCACCACAGAGAGCGAGUGCAGACCGGACUCUCGCUGUUGUUCGAAGCUGCCCCCCUCCCAGACUUCCCCUCGCUGGUUUUGGGAGAAAGUAUCGCCGCCAACAACGCCUAUCGCCAGAGGGAGGCUGAGCUGUCCGUCAAACGUAUUGCUGUGCAGGAAGUCCCGCCUUCCAGCAUACUGGACUCCUCCAACAGGAGUGUCCACAGUCUGGUUGAGAAGAUACAGAAUGGGUUGGAGCUGCAGGAGAACGUGAAGGACUCACAUGUGUCUGAGAUCAUCGACGUUUAUGAACAGAAGCUCUCAGCGUUUGUGUCCAAGGAGAGUCGACUGCAGGACUUGUUGGAGGCGAAAGCUCUGGCUCUCUCUCAGGCCGACCGUCUCAUCGCUCAGUAUCGCUUCCAGCGGGCUCAGGCUGAGGCGGAGGCCUGUAAGCUGGGCUCUCUGCUGAAGGAGGCGGAGCGUCGGCGCGAGGAUCUGCAGUGCGAGCUGAGCAGCCAGGUGCUGGAGGUGGAGCGCUCCAGGGCCGACAUGGAGGAGCUGCUGCAGCACAACGCCCGGCUGCAGCAGGACUCGGAGGAGCACCAGGCCCUCAAGGGAGCCUACAACGCCCUGCUCAACAGGUUCAACGAGAGCGAGCGGCUGCUGAAGGAGCUGCAGGCGGCUCACAUCUCGCUCACCAAACAGAACGACACUCUGAGGAAGAGUCACGAAGCUCUGCAGCUGCAGCACGACAAGGUGGCGUCGGUGUUGGAGGACAGAGAGGAGGAGAUCAGGUCUCUCCACUCAGAUCUACAGCAGAAGAACAGCGACAUCGCAGGUCUGCGCGGUCAACUGCAGGCCGAGGAGGAGAAGGUGACGGAAAAGGAUCGAGAGAGGAAAGAUCUGGAAGAGACGGUGGAUGUUUUGAGGAAGGAACUAAACAAGACGGAGCAGGCCAGGAAGGACGCCAGAAUCAAGGCGUCGUCUCUGGAGCUGCAGAAGAGUCAGCUGGAGACGAAGCUGAAGCAGAAGGAGGACGAGCUGAACAAACACUCUGCGAUGAUCUCCAUGAUCCACAGCCUCAGCAGCGGCAAGAUGAAGAGCGACGUCAACCUGUCGCUCUGAGGGACGUCAACCUGUCGCUCUGAGGGACGUCAACCUGUCGCUCUGAGGGACGAAGGACAAGAAUAGGGUUUUUAACAAAAAACAACUUUUAUGGAUAAUGAACUUUUUUACACUUAAUAAAAUAUACUAAACUAAACUUGUAUUUUUAAGGUCAUAAUAAAAUCUUUGUAUGUG